GAUCAGCAAUUUUGUACGAACGAAGCUGUCAGGGUGCGAGCUCGUGUUCGUAUAAGUACCGCUGCGCAACUAAAAGUAUUCUGCUCUUUGACCCCCCUGACUAAACACCUCCGAUUUGCUAAAGCUCUGUUUUUAUUGGCCAUCGGUGAAGAAUUUUCUGCAGGAGAUGGCACCACGCUCAUCAACGUCCGGGACAUCCGAAAAACCUGCAAAAAAAACCAGAUCCCGAGGCGGCGGUGGAGGAAAAAAGAAAUUGACUGCCUUCAACAAAUUCAUGCAAACCGAAAUGGCCCGUUUGAAAGAAGAUGAACCUGACAUUAGCCACCAAGAAAGGUUCAAGGUCGCAACGGCCAAUUGGAAACACAGUUCCCAGAACCCCAACAGAGCUUCCUAACGCCUUGUGCAAUCCAACCUCCUUGUAUCUUAUAUCCUUAGUGAAACCCUUCUGCACCAGCUUGCCCGGAUGGACUGCUGUAUAUACCCCGUCAUAUUGUUAUUUCUCCGCUAUCCUCUGCGUUUGCUAUUCAAGUUGCAUGCUGUAUCAUUCAUGUCAAUUUUAUUUUAGGCCUCCUAUUGUUGAAGUUACUCUUACCUACGAAAUGCAUUCCAGUAGUCCAAUAACUUCAAGGUCCGAGAGGGUAUCGAUAUUCGAAGGAUGUCAGCCAAUCCAUUGUCAUUUCGGUUCUCGACUUACAGCAUGGUCGUCCAGGCUCAGAAGGUUCCUCCAAAUAC